AGGGCACAAGGUGCCGCGGCGGUCGUGCUUUCCGUCAGACAGAAGACUGUUAUCACCUGUGGUAGAGCGUGCGCUGCUGGUAGGCUGGUAGUUCGGCGCCAACUGCGGUGGGUGGCCCGCAGCCACUUGUCUGUGGCCCGAUAUCACUGCACCGCGCGAGCUUGAUGGACGAGUCAGCCUCUCCCGAAGGUGGCUUGCCGGCAAAGUAUCAGAAACUCGCCUAUGAGUACUCCAAGCUACGUGCGCAAGCUCAGGUCCUCAAGAAGGCUGUGGCAGAUGAGCAGGUCAAGAAUGCCGAGCUCAAGGACUGCUUGAAGGACAAAGAUCAGGGGAUGCGCAAGCUGCUACAGGAAGUUGAAAGUCUGAAUUUCUGCAACCAACAGCUAACAAAGCGAGUCGGCUUCCUCCAAGAAGAACUUGAAGAUUGGUCAAAGAAGAAUAAGUUGAUGCUGCGGCAGCCUAGCAGCGACGACAGCGGCCUCAAACUUACUGAAGCUGUGAGCCAGCUUUUCAACCAGCCCCCUCUUUAUUUUCGGUUGAUGCUGCGGCAGCCUAGCAGCGACGACAGCGGCCUCAAACUUACUGAAGCUCAGAAGAAACACCAUGCAGCAGCCACGGCCUCUCCAAUGCACCAGGGCAUCAUUGAUGCAGAGUUGCAGAGUCGCAUUGAAGAGAACGAGAAGCUACACUUACAGGUGUCAGCCGCAGAGCUUGAGCACAAGCAGAUUGUUCAGAAGCUGGAAACAGAGUUGGAAGAGGUACGACAGGUGCUUGCCUCACACAAGGACCAACUCAGUGAUGCUGUCGGCAAACGGGAGGAGCAAAUCAGCAGGCUCACUCAGGAGCGAGCAAAGCUUGAGCUGAAGCUGAAGUCAUGUGAAAAGGAGCUGAAAGAAGUAUCUAUGAAGAAUGAACUGAGUGAAUCCAAGUUGGCUGAGGUCACAGAGAUCCUGGGAAGCCGGCUAGAGGAGGCCAAGACUAUUGUAGAACAAAAUGUUCAUUUCAGAGAUGUAGGUGACGGGCUUGCUCCAGGACUGGAUGUACCCGUGACGCGGCAGGCGCACGAGAACGGGGUGCGUGCUCUGCUCUGGCAGUUGGCUGAGCUGGUACCCGAGGUGAGCCAGGCCCUGUCCACGUUGCACACAUAUGCCGAGCAGCGAGUGCGCCUCCUCCUUGCCGGCGCCAUCUGUGGGCUGCAGCCGCAACAGGCACAGGGCCCGCUACAGCUGUUUGCCCAGCACCUGCAUGUCAACGUGGCAUACCUGCAGCCCAUUGAAGAGGCUUACCAGGCCUAUUUUGACACUAUUUGCCAACAAGAACUCUACAUUUUGGAUGGUGGUCCUGUGAUCUUGCCCUUGUCGGCAGCACUCUCCAGAUACGUCUCGUACCUGAACAAGCUUCUGCCAUACGUUGCACUCAGUUUAAAAGCAGGCGCUAGCUCACCAACUUCUGACACGAAGUGUCAUGAACUGCGGGCAAAGCUCGGGCAUGUUGUUAACCGUGUUGUCGUCAAAUUUGACAAGAUGAGCCGGUAUCUGCUGUUGCUGUCAGCGAAGGGUUGUGAACCUGGUUCUAAAAUGUGCCAUUGCACUGGGUACAUGUCGGUUGUCGGAAAGCUAGUCAGCAUCACCAAAUGCCUCUGGGAGGAUUUUGAAGAUGUCAAGAGGCAGCUGAGUUCCCUCAUGCUUCUUGAGCACGAGCUGCCGACUGUUUCCUCAGAGGCCAGGACAACAGACGACUGCUUGGUCAGCAGCCUAGCAUCUGUUGCUAACAGCUGCAAGAAGCUGUCACGAGCACUUGAGAGCCAUGGCAAGGUGUUGCUCUCCAGGGAGGCCUACCAGUGCAGGGGCCUCAUCCGCAACAGGCCACUGUGCACCUCGCACCUGGGUCCGCAUGUGGCGCUCCUCAGGCAAAGGGGCACUGCAUACCUCAGGACGUGCCAGCUGUAUGCAAGAAGCCCUGACUGUGUACCGUAUAGCAUUGCAAUUGAAAAUUCAGGAGCCCUUCGGAGCCAUGUGGAAAACAAGGAGUCCUUUGCCCAGCAGAUUGAAAGUCUGAAGAACAAAGUUAGGAAACUUGAGGAGGAGAAGGAACACUGGAUGCUGGAAUGGAAGCUGUUGCAAGCGAAGUACGAGAGGCAGGCUAAAGACAUGCUACCAGUGUCUGGGCAGCUGCUAAACAAAGGCGAAGGUGAUGGUCACGACGGCGAAGUGAUAGUAGAACACUUCAAGGCACGCAUAAAGGAGAUGAUUUGGCAGAACCAGCUGGCUGACAGCAAGGCUGUCUACUACUAUUCGGAGUGCAAGGCACUUCAGAAGAGGCUCCACCUGGCAGAGCAGCACAAGGUGGAGCUUGAAAACCAACUUCAGGACACGCAGCUCACGCUACAGCAGCUCAGAGAUGAGAUGCGUUCAACGGUGCGCAGUUACGAGGACCAGCUGAGCACAAUGAGUGAGCAUCUGGCCAGCAUGAACGAGAAACUGACUCAGCAGAAGGACGAGAUCGACGCCUUGCGCCACAGCUCCUCCUCGACCAAGUUCGGGAAGAAGCUCAAGCCAAAGUGAAGAGCGUGUACAUUCCCUGGAUGCAAGGAAAGCACACCUCGCAUGCUCCAAAGAGGACAUCAUCGAAUUCCUCAAAGCAUAGUUGGAGUGACACUCCAUGUGGCGUCAUGAAAAGAAACUUGCCAGGGCAUUUCCAACAAAACAAAUGAUGGCACACCUGAGAAGGGACUUUGUCGUAGAGUCUUCUUGCUCCAAAUGGUUGCCUGGCAAAUUGCAUGUACCGUACGCUUCCAGCCUGCACAUCAUACUAGCCUGCAUAGCAGCCUGCAUAGCCCCCACUUCACAUGCACUAUCUGUACCACUAUAUGGCCAUUCCAGCAUCACUGUUCUAGCAGCACAAAAAAGCUUGGUGCAAUAAAUGCUCCCAGUGUCUUCUUUGAUCAUAGUGCCUGGGUUUUCUUUACUGGGUGAAGAAACAGCCAACACAAGCACUGGUUUAAAGUCACUUUUGUUCAGAAAUAACAUGCAUUUAAUGCUGGGUGAUACAAAAUUAACAGAAGUAAAAUGUCCAAUAAGCGGAGAGAGUAGCACGAUGUGGUAUCUCAGGAAAACAUGGGGCUUUUCUGCCAAAAUAGUUACAUUUUCCACCAAUAGAUGGCAAAUGUCUGUUUGUACAGUGGCACCACCUAUCUGUGACAAAUGGGAGUAAUCUGGCAAUAAAAUUUUUUGUUAAAUCGUC